AUGCUCACCAUUCCCGUGGAUCUAAUGCUAACUAUCGACUCCAUCCCAUCAUCAUUUACCUCGCAAUUUCCCUUGGGAACAUCCAUCCACGGGAUAAUGGCUGCGUUUCUCACGCACGGGGACCCAUCUCUGCUUAAGAGCCUCGAGGCAUGGCGGAGUGUCUGGCCCUCGUAUGACGAGUUCGAAGACAGCAUGCCGGUUCUCUGGCCGGCACAUCUUCGGGUGUCGAAUUCAAGCUACGGAGGCAACGCCGACUCUUCCUCACCAGAGAAGCAAGAUCAAGAUCAUAAUCGAGGAAAGAUACUUCUCCCACCCUCCAUCUCGGGGGAAUGGAACACUUUCCCCAAAGUCCCUGUAGGUGUGGACUACGACACACGAUACCAGAACCUACUCAGCCAGCAAGAAAAGCGACUAAAAGAUGCCUGGGCAAAUGUCGUCAAAGUCUAUCCUGAGACAGAGUGGAAGAUGUUCGCCUAUUACUGGUGCAUUAUCAAUUCGAGGAGUUUCUAUUAUGUGUCGCCUGGGAAAGAUGAGCCAGAGGAUUGGAAUGAUGCGAUUGGAAUGGUCCCGUUUGCGGACUAUUUUAAUCAUGUUGAUGAUGCGGUGGGUUUAUCCCUUUGUUUAUGUACCAUCUGUAUAAGGAAAGGCGAAGAAGUCUACAUGAGCUAUGGCAACCACUCAAACGACUUCCUUUUAAUUGAGUGUCAGUCUAUAACCCUUCUAUCAAUCCCAACAUCCCAUUCCCAAUUCAUUCAACUAACAGACAAAAGAUGGUUUCACCCUCUCCACCAACCCCUCCGACUGCAUCUACCUCGACGACAUAAUAUUUCAGGAUCUCAGCAUAUCGCAGAAACAAGAAUUAGCGAAACAGGAGAUCUUCGGCAUACCAAAAGAAACUACACCCUCUCCCACCCCCUAUCUUCCGAAAGUCCCCUGCGCUACGCCGCAUGCUUAAAAUACAUGAACACCCGGGACUGGCGCGCAUACGUAUGCGGACGCUCAGAGCGGGGCGUCGACGAGCAGAAGACCGCGAACGUGAUACGAGGCUGGGUGGAGGUGUAUCUUAAGGAAUGCAUUGGGACGAUAGAAAUUAUUGAGAAUAUGAUUCAAGAUCUUGGAGAAGAGAUUGGGGAUAGUGAUAAGAAAAUAGGAUCAAAAGCAUGGGAACGAGAGAAGCUGCAGAUGUUGUUGGAUAGAUGGGGACAGAUUAGACGGUUAUGUGAGAGCGUUCUUGAAGACUUGGAAUAG